UAGUGUGGUAGCUAAAACUUUAAAGAAUGUAAAGAUAAAAACAGCUCAAGAACUGUAUGAACAUUGGGCCAUGACAAUGGAAAUAGCAAGGGAUGUCUUAAUUUUAGCUCAAAAAAAACAGGUGAAAUAUUACAAUAAAGGUCAUAGAAACCUAGAAUUUCAGAAAAGAGACCAAGUUAUACUGUCGACACAAAAUCUAAUACCAGCAGCAGAUUAUUGGUCCUUACAGGAUUGA